AUGACGCGGACACGGUCAGCAACCACGAGCGACGUCGCUCACGAUGUGUUACCAACUAUACGCUUCUCGGCAUUCUUCGAUACACGGUCAAACCGGCCAUCCCUUUCGUUCACCCCGAUUUCGCGUACAUUACCGACAGGCAAGGAAACAAUUAAGGUUGGUAGAUACUCCGAGCGGGAGAACCACGCCCUCGUACCUAUCAACACACCGUCUGCUGCGCCUGUAGGUUUUAAGAGCAAGGUAGUAAGCCGUCGUCAUUGUGAAUUCUGGUUCGAGAAGGGGAAAUGGUAUAUCAAAGAUGUUAAAAGUUCUUCUGGGACGUUUCUCAACCACAUUCGUCUAAGUGCCCCUGGUACUGAGUCCAAGCCGUUUCCCAUUAAUGAUGGCGACAUAGUUCAGCUAGGAAUAGACUUUAAGGGUGGGGAGGAGAUGAUUUACCGUUGCGUGAAAAUGCGCAUAGAGUUAAACAGAGGCUGGCAAUCAAAACCUAACACCUUCAACAUGGCAACACACAAGCGCUUAAGAGACUUGACGUCAACGUCAGCUUCAUCAGCCCAUGCGCAGGAUUGCUCCAUCUGCCUAAACGCGAUAGCACCCUGUCAAUCGCUCUUUGUAGCGCCUUGUUCUCAUACAUGGCAUUACAAGUGUAUUCGGGAAAUGUUAAAUGGGCCGUCAUGGCCAAUCUUUAUAUGCCCGAAUUGUCGAGCCACAGCCGACCUAGACGCCGAAGUAGACGAGCCAUCUGACGAAUGGCAACAGCUAGACUCGGGCAUAGAUGAUGCUCAGGAAGAGAAGUCUACUCCUCCAGCUUCUCAACUAAACGGCGAAGCUAUGCCGCUUGCAAUUUCCCAGUCGAAUGUCGAAGUUAACUCACGGCAGUCGUCCGGCGAAGGUGAUGCGGGUGACGUGACAAUGCAGAUCGACGCUGCCGCAGCACAGUCAGUCCUAUUAAGACAUGCCAUGACAGAGCCAGUCCCUAUACCUAAUGCGACACCACGUGUGAGUAGUGGCGAUCGGUCUACAACUAAUCGGACACCGUCACCAAACAGCAACCCCCCGGGGCCCGGUCACGAAGGCCCAAUCACCCCACGCAAUGACGCGGGCCCGUGGGUGUUUGAUGGUAACCCAGCGCGAGUAAGCCAAGAAAGUACUCGGCGAACUGGUAUGAGCAGCCUGGACGCCGCAGCACAAGUUGAAGUGGACAGGUCAUAG